AUGGCGUUCGUCAAGCUUGCUCUUGUUGCCUCCGUGGCUGUCACUGAGGCGUUUGCUCUCACUGCGCCCAACACACUUGAUGUGGCCAACCCAGACUCCGUCAAGGCAGUUGCUAGUAGUCUUGCCUUUGGUGCCAUGUCAUAUUACACUGGCAAUGUUUCCAGCGACCCAAAAAUGGUUGGUGACUUGCCGGAGCCAUACUACUGGUGGCAAGCCGGCGCCCUCUGGGGAAUUAUGAUGGAUUACUUUCACUACACCGGCGACCCGACAUAUAACGACGUGGUCACGCAAGCCCUCACCGCCACUGUCAACACAGGCCCGAACUUCGACUACAUGCCGCCGGAGCACGCGUCCGAGGAGGGCAACGACGACCUCGGCUUCUGGGGCUUCGCUGUCAUGGCCGCUGCCGAGCGAGGCUUCCCCCAGGCCAACGCCAGUAUCCCUUCCUGGCUCACCAUGGGCCGCAACAUCUUCAACUCGCUCGCCACGCGCUGGAACACGACGCACUGCGGCGGCGGUCUCCUGUGGCAGAUCUACGAGAGCAACCCCAAUGGUCUCAACUACAAGAACUCGGUCAGCAACGGCGGCUUCUUCCAGCUCGGCGCCAGGCUGGCCGCCGCCACGGGCGACGCCGCCUACGUCGCCUGGGCCAACCACGUCUGGGACUGGUCCGUCAACGUGGGCUUCAUCGACAAAGACCUCAAGGUAUACGACGGUGCCGACGCCCGCGACAACUGCAGCAAGACGAACUACCUGUCCUUCACCUACUCGACUGGCAUCUACCUCUACGGCGCCGCCGUCAUGGCCAACUACACGGAGCAAGAGGUCUGGAGGGAGCGCACCAGGAAAAUGCUGGAGACGACGCGUUCGAGCUUUUUCUCACCCGCUGAGAACAGCACAAACAUCAUGUACGAGCCCGCCUGUGAGACGGUCAACACCUGCAACACGGACAUGAAGACUUUCAAAGGGUACCUGUCUCGCUUCCUCUGGCAGUCGGCCGUCGUCAUGCCCGAGCUCCUCCCCCAGGUCAAGGAGAUUCUGGUGCCGUCCGCCCUCGCCGCUGCCCACGUGUGUGAGGCCACGGAGACGAAUGUCACAUGCGGCCAGAAGUGGUACGUAGGCGGUAGUGACGGCAGCCUUGGUCUCGGCCAGACCAUGAGCGCCCUUGAGAUCGUCCAGGGUCUCAUUGUCAGUCACUAG